AUGCGCACCUCCCUCAUCUACAUCCGGCGCCUGCGAGGGCCAAGCAAGUGGCCACAGUUGCUGGACUACAUGAGCACACUUGGAUACAGAGACUCCGAGUCCCACUCAGCACCGCCAGCUCUGGCUACUACCACCGAGCACCAACCCGAUCUGCGCAUGGCUCUUGUCCUUGCUGUGCUCGCAGCGUACUGCUGGACCACCCAGAGCGACAGCCCUGUGCAUUCGCUGCGCUGGCUCCAGUCAUGCUACGACCUUGGUUCCCACGCUCAGUCGCCGGCCGAGAAUCAGCGUCAGCACCACCAGCACCAUUUGCUCGACAACCUGUUCUCGGCGAGCCUGCUCGACGACCUCGGCCGAUUCCUGCAUCUCCUCGGAUCGGACCUGAUCAUAUCGCAGCAGGAUGACGAGAUCAUGGCCAGCGCUUACUUCCGUGCCCAGAUGAAGAUGAACGAGUUUCGAGCUGGGGAGCAAGACGGCGGCAGCGACCUUGACGAUUGUGACGGCGGCUGCCCGUUGCCCCGCUCCCGGCUCGUCAGCUGGUCCGACCACCACUCGAUCCACUCAGACAGCAGCUCCGACCUUUUGAACGAGCUGCUUGGAGAGUGUACAGAGCGUCGCUCGAUCGAUGCGUCCGCCGGAAAUCAAUCCGAGAGCCGCUCUUCUCAAGCACAGGCCAUGGCAUUUGUGUCUGGCGCCGCUGUGCCGCCCACCCUGAAUCAAUGGCAUCAUGCAGUGUCGCUGAGCGACCUGCCGAGUGUCGGUUCCGUCGAAUGGCACGAGGACGAUCAUCGCUGGGACCGGAUGAUGGCUCUGUGCGGCCCGCCCGAGAUCACCGACCGCUAUGAUCUGUCCAUGCUGGACGAGGUACCGAGCCCCCACAGCGACGACAUCCCCCUCGCUGUUCUGUUCAAAAGGUCAGCAGCGGAGCCGGGCGCCUCGACCAACCCUCGCGACUCGGGAAGCUUUGGCGAAUGGACUGCCAAACUGUCGCAGACACUUGAAGGGCUGGCUUCUGCCUGGGUCAGCAACCACGGCCACUAGUCCCAGCAACAAAAGGUGUGCCUCGGAGCGUCGAUGGUAAACUGGCGUGUUUGGGACCUUGGAAGCAACGGGUGACGGUCAUUGCGACUGCGGGAUGUGGGAUGUACAGCAGCUUGAUCAAUUGCUUUUGCUCAGUGACUUCUGCGUUUGAGCUGGCUGGCUGGCGCGGGUGCCCCAUGGAAUUGAACAGAGGCACAUAAUAUCUAUGCAAGCCCCUCCUGCUCCAGCAGCAGUUGGACGGCAUCUUCGACAUGAUCCACGACGUGGACGGCUCCAUGGUCGUCUCCGUGCAGGUCUUGCCUCCAGACCCCCGUGCGCACGAGAAUGGAGUGCCAGCCGUUUCUGUUGGCCCC